AGGUAGAAAGAGCAGGGUCACCAGUACCAAGCUGUUUGUCUAUGAAGAGUGAAGAAUCAAUGGAUCAGCCAAUCGUGUUCAGAGGAGAGUUCACAGAUGAUCAAAGGGUCCAGGUAGAAAGAGCAGGGUCACCAGUACCAAGCUGUUUGUCUAUGAAGAGUGAAGAAUCAAUGGAUCAGCCAAUCGUGUUCAGAGGAGAGUUCACAGAUGAUCAAAGGGUUAAAGUAGAAAGAGCAGGGUCACCUGUACCCAGCUGUCUGUCUAUGAAGAGUGAAGAAUCAAUGGAUCAGCCAAUCGUGUUCAGAGGAGAGUUCACAGAUGAUCAAAGGGUUAAAGUAGAAAGAGCAGGGUCACCUGUACCCAGCUGUCUGUCUAUGAAGAGUGAAGAAUCAAUGGAUCAGCCAAUCGUGUUCAGAGGAGAGUUCACAGAUGAUCAAAGGAUACAGCAGUCACUGGAGUCCAGCUCUUUAGAAGAGAUGAGUUCAGAGAAAUUAUCUUCCCCAAAAGAGUCUCUCCUGCACACUCUGAUGAAGCUGAAGAAGGAUGAGAAGUUGAAACUGUUUCAGAGCCACCUGAGUCAGGAUUGCCCAGAAUGCUUUAAGAGUCUGUCUGAAGAUCCUUCUGUGCUGGAUAAGUUUAGGAAGAUGAAGGAAUUGUUCAAGAGUCAUCAAAUUGAUGAAGAAUGCACUGAGAGAGAGCAAGAGGAUUCUAAGGCCCUGUACAUAGUUGGGAAGAUGCUGGAUACCUGUGGCAGUGAGAGGUCUCUGAAGAUCACACUCCACAUCCUGAGGAACAUGAAGCAGAAGGAUCUUGUCGACUCACUGGAGAGAGAUGAGCAGCUCAAUGAAUCCAUAAAAAGAGCCCAGCAGGCACUGAAAACUCAUCUGAAGAAGAAGUUUGAAUGCAUAUUUGAAGGUUUAGCAAAGCAGGGCCACCCAACCCUCCUCAAUGAGAUCUAUACAGAGCUCUACAUCACAGAGGGGGGAAGUGGGGGGGUCAAUAAUGAACACGAGGUCAGACAGAUUGAGACAGCAUCCAAGAGUCAAACCACACAGGAGACUGCAAUCCUCUGCAAUGACAUCUUUAAGCCCUUACCUGGACAAGAGAAACCCAUCAGAACUGUGCUUACAAAGGGCAUCGCUGGCAUUGGGAAAACCGUCUCUGUGCAGAAGUUCAUUCUGGACUGGGCAGAAGGAAAAGCCAAUCAGGAUAUUGAUUUCAUCUUCACUCUCCCUUUCCGAGAUCUGAAUUUGAAGAAGGAAAGAGCAUUCAGUCUGAUGCAACUUCUGCAGCACUACUUUCCACAACUGAAAGAGAUCAAAAGUGUUGAAGGUGAUCAAGUCAAAGUUUUAUUUAUCUUUGAUGGUCUGGAUGAGUGUCGACUUCCUCUAAAUUUCCAAAGCAAUGAGGACUGCUGUGAUGUAACAGAGUCAUCAUCAGUGGAUGUGCUGCUGACCAACCUCAUUAAGGGGAAUCUGCUUCCCUCUGCUCUCCUCUGGAUCACCUCCCGACCAGCAGCAACCAAUCAGAUCCCUCCUGAGUGUGUCCACCAGGUGACAGAGGUACGAGGGUUCAAAGACCCACAGAAGGAGGAGUACUUCAGAAAGAGAAUCAGAGAUCAGAACCAGGCCAGCAGAAUUAUCUCACACAUAAAGUCAUCCAGGAGUCUCUAUAUCAUGUGUCACAUACCAGUCUUCUGCUGGAUUUCUGCUACUGUUCUGGAGACAAUGUUGGGUAAAGUAGAGAGUAGAGAUCUGCCCAAAACUCUGACUGAAAUGUACACACACUUCCUACUCAUUCAGACUAAUGUGAAGAAUCAGAAGUACCGUGGCACUGAUGAGACAGACCCAAAGGAGAUGUCAGCAUCAGAUACAGAAAUCAUCCUGAAACUGGGGCAGUUGGCUUUUCUACAGCUGGAAAAGGGUAAUCUGAUAUUCUAUGAAGAGGACCUGAAAGAGAGUGGCAUUGAUGUUAGUGAAGCUUCAGUGUACUCUGGGGUGUGCACAGAGGUCUUUAAAGAGGAGUGUGGGUUGUAUCAGGAGAAGGUCUACUGCUUUGUGCAUCUGAGCAUUCAGGAGUAUCUGGCUGCCUUGUUUGUGUUUCAUUCAUGUGUAAAUGAGAACAGAAAUGUACUCCGAGCAGAAGAAUCAAAACCUCACAGUGGCAGAGUGCAGUUGUCUGAGUUACACAGGAGUGCAGUGGAUCAGGCCUUAAGAAGUAAGAAUAGACACCUGGACCUUUUCCUCCGAUUCCUUCUUGGCCUCUCUCUGGAUUCCACUCAGAAUCUUUUAAGAGAACUACUGACACAGACAGGAAGCAGAUCUGAUGGAGGAAUACACAACUUUCUUUCUUUUCUUUUCACAACACUUACUUUCUUUCAAAGACUAUGGACAUGGACAGGAACCACAUCACCUGUACCAUAUCCACGAACACAGACAGAAAGCAGAUCACAGAGCAUUGAAAAAACAGUCCAGUACAUUAAGAAGAGGAUCAGAGAGGAAUCUUCGGCAGAGAGGACCAUCAGUCUGUUCCACUGUUUCAAUGAACUGAAUCACAACUACCUAGUGCAGGAAAUCCAGAAUUCCCUGAGAUCAGGAAAACUUUCUGCUGAAAAGCUGGAACCAGACCAGUGUUCGGCUCUGGCCUUUGUGUUACUGAUGUCAGAGGAGAUCCUGGAUGAGUUUGACUUGAAGACCUACAACACAUCAGCAGCAGGUCAUCAGAGACUGCUACCAGUAAUCAGGAGCUGCAGGAAGGCCAAACUGAACAACUGUGACCUCACAGAGAAGUGCUGUAAUAUUGUGGCAUCAGCUCUCCAGUCAUCAAACUCACCCCUGAGAGAUCUGGACCUCAGCUACAAUAACCUGGGAGAUUCAGGAGUGGAACUGCUCUGUGCUGGACUGAUGAGUCCAAACUGUAAACUACAGAGACUGGGGCUGGGUUGGUGUAAUCUCACAGAGGGCUGCUGUGAUGUUCUGGCCUCAGUCCUGCGUUCUCCUCACUCAGAGCUGAGAGAUCUGGAGCUCAGAGACAACGAGCUGCAGGAUUCAGGAGUGAGAGCACUGUCUGCUGGACUGGAGGACCCACACUGUAAACUGCAGAGACUGGGGCUGUCAGGCUGUAGAGUCACACAGAGAGGCUGUGAGUCUCUGGCUUCAGCUCUGUGUUCAAACCCCUCACACCUGAGAGAGCUGGACCUGAGAUACAAUCACCCAGGAGACUCAGGAGUGAGAGCGCUGUCUGCUGCUAAACUGGACACACUCACACUGCUUGUGGACCAUGGAGGAGAGAACAGGACCAAACCAGGACCCAGGAAAUACGGCUGUCAGCUCACACUGGAUCCAAACACAGCGCACAGAUGGCUGUCUCUGUCUGAGGGGAACAGGAGGGUGACAAGCACACCAAGGAGAGAGCAGCCAUAUCCUGAUCAUCCAGAGAGAUUUAAGUCUGAGCCCCAGGUUGUGUGCAGAGAGAGUGUGUGUGAGCGCUGUUACUGGGAGGUUGAGUUCAGUGAGGGGAGGGGAUGGGUUUUUAUAGCAGUGACAGAUAAAGGAAUCAGCAGGAAAGGAGCGGGUCAUGACUGUACGUUUGGAUACAAUAAAAACUCCUGGAGUCUGGAGUGCAAUAAACUCAGAUACUCUGAUAAACUCAGAUACUCUGUCUGGCACAAUAAGAACCGAACACACAUACCUGCCCCCCCCUCCCCCUACCGCAGAGCAGGAGUGUGUGAUGAUGCUGGUAGAGGAGUGUGUGUGUACAGGGUAGGAGUGUGUGUGGACCGUCCGGCCGGCACUCUGUCCUUCUACAGCGUCUCUGACUCUGACACACUGACCCUCCUGCACAGAUUCCACACACACUUCACUCAACACACACCCCUCUGUGCUGGAUUUUAUGUGUUUGACUCCUCAGUGUCCCUCUGCUAACUGGAGUAGACACACACAACACACACACUCAUACACAUACACUCACACAUACACACUCAGAUACACAGACACACACACCCACACCUACACACACACACUCUCACACACACCCUUUCUCUCUCAUACUCACACUCAUACACACGCACUCACACACCUACGCACACACACACUUGUGCGCACACACUCACACUCUCUCACACCCACUCACACACCCAAUCACACACAUGCGCACACACACACCUACACACAUGAACACACACAAUCUCUCGCACACACAAACCCACACAUUCACCACUACACUCUCACGCGCACACACGCAUGCAUGCAUACGUACACACGCUCAUAACCGUAUGCACACACACACCCUCUCUCUCUCACACACACACACACUCACAUCCACACACACACACAUACAUGCGUGCAGAGAUACAAACACGUGUCAACACACAUUCACAUUCCCAUAUGCAUGCACACAUGUAUAAACACACACACAUUCUCUUACCCAUGCACACACACACGCACUGAUGUACACUCAUGCACACACACAUACACACUUUCUCACACCCAGUCACUCACACCCCCAAUCACACACAUGCACACACACCUACACACGGACACACACAAUCUCUCACACACACAAACACACACAUUCACCAGUGCACUCUUAAGCGCACACACACAUUCAUGCAUACGUACACACGCUCAUAACUGUAUGCACACACACACACACUCACAUCCACACACACACACACAUUCAUGCGUGCAGAGACACAAACACGUGUCAACACACACAUUCACAUUUCCGUACGCAUGCACACACAUGUAUAAACACACACACAUUCUCUUACCCAUGCACACACACACACUCCUCAGUGUCCCUCUGCUAACUGGAGUAGAGACACACACACAUGCGCAUACACACUCGAACGCAUGCACACACACACACACACACACACAUAUACACACACUCAUAUACACAUACACACACACACUCAAUCACACACAUAUAAACACAAACACUUGUAUACACCUAGACCCUCACACACCCACACACACACACACACACACACACACACACACACACACACACUUAUAUACACACACUCAUAUACACAUACACACACACACACAAUCACACACUCACAUAUAUAUAUACACACACUCAUAUGCACCUAGACCCACACACACACGCACUCACACACCUACACACACUCUUGCACACUCAAUCACACACACCCUCUCUCUCUCACAUACACUUAUAUACACACACUCAUAUACACAUACACACACACACUCAAUCACACACCUACACACACUCUCAGUCAUGCACACACGCUCACACACCUACGCACGCACACUCUCUCACACCCAGUCACUCACACACACCUACACACAGACACACACAAUCUCACGCACACACAUACACACGCAUGCAAACAUACACACGCUCAUACCCGUAUGCACACACACACACUCUUUCUCUCACUCACACUCUCACAUACAGUAUACAGACACACACAUUCGCAAACGCAUGCGCGCGCACACACACGCACUCACACCCAAUCACACACACACACACACACACACACACACGUCGACACACUUGCAACCUUCCUUGAGCAAAGCCUUACCACUGCAAUUUCAGCUGUGCCCAAUAUUAGCCUCAGUACUGCUUAAACCCUGUACAUAAGAGUAUGAUCUUUUAGCAGGUUCAGGUUAAGCACUCGCUUUCUAAAUAUGAUUUUAUUUUUUUACAUUUUGAUAAAUUUAUAUUGAAAAUGUUCAAGGUGUGUUUAUGUACUUUUGAUUAUUAAAACAUUCAUAUAACAUUGAGAGUAAUAAUGCCAGAAGAUGGCAGAGUGAAAUGUUUUUGAAGUAAUAAUUCUGUCUCCUGUAUCUGCAUCUUUUUAAAAAAGAAGCCAGUGGCAAACUCCUCCACUUAAAUGUGCAUUUUACUAGUUUUUACAGUUGCUUUCAUUCAUUUUCACAAGAGUUCCAAUGUGCAGAUUUCUCUGAGCAAAUGCAGCUGAUGAUCACUGCAGUGUACUUAUUUCAUUUCAUUACUGUAAAUAAUGAUGGAUUGAGUUUCCUUCUUUAUUCUGUUAGGAUUGAUUUUUUUUUUUUUGCUUUAAUUUUCAGACAACAAUAUGCAAUAUGAUUAAAACUGAAUUAUAAAAAUAUCAAAUGUUUUGCUGUUGUUUUUUUAUUGUGUGAUGUAUUGAACUCCUGUGACACAGUAGUACUUAUUUCAUAUUCUGUAUGGGAUUAUGUUUGGGCUCAAUAUGAGUAGAUCAGCAUGGGGCUAAAAUCUGCAGUUGAAGCAAUGACAUUCAUCUACAGUAGUGGAAAUAAAAUCCAUUAUAAGAAAA